AUGCCGACAUGUGCACGUCAAUUUAAUGAGUAUGGAAGUGAAGUCAGAUCCGCGUGUAGUAUUUACCAGCCGAAUACGACACUGCUGGAUAAGGGCGAGAGCAUCAACUUGAGAGUGCAGCAAUUCCUGGUUCCAUUCACUACCCCCGCCGUAUCAAUCACAUGCGCACCCACCGAAACAUUGGAAGCAUCCCCUCAAACAUCAAAUGCAACCGUCGUGUCAUGCAGAUUCUCGAACACCUCAUCGUGGUCACCAAUGUCCGUCAUGAUCUACUGA